AGUACCAAAGAAAAUAUCUCCCGGUAAUGAAGGUCAAAAAAUCUAUUUGAAUCAUUUAAAAUUUUUUUGUAUCAAUAUCAGUAAAGAAGAAGAACAGCUGACAACUGACUCAUCGUAUUUAUUUUUCUAGUCUUGCAUUUCUUUUUAUUCACCGUAUAAUUUAAGAAAAUGACAGAUAUUUGGACAUUAAUUGGUGAUAUUUUAUCAUUUGUGACUAUAGCAUCAUGCUUAAUAUCAAAAGUCCCACAAAUUAUGACGAUCUACCAGCAAAAGAGUACAGCUGGCUUGUCAAUGAAAGGUCUAGUCAUUGAAACUGUUAGCUACACGAUCUCCACACUUUAUAAUUUUACUAAUGGCUACAGAAUCCUUAACUAUUUUGAGUAUAUCAUCUUGCUUACUCAAAACUACAUGCUUAUUGUUAUAGUUUUAUUUUAUCGAAAACAACUCAACCAAAAGUUUAUCGGAGCUGCCGUAUUGUAUGCUCUUGUUGCAUCACUUUUCUCUAUGUACAUCCUACCCAAAAGUAUUUUGACCUUCUUAAUUCCUGGAACACUGCCAAUGUCUGCUACAUCGAAAAUUUUGCAAUUACUUGAAAUUCUUAGAACUAAAGAUUCAAGUUCAAUUAGCGCAAUCACAUGGUUUAUUUCUGCAUUCACAAAUGCCACACGAAUCUACACAAUCUUUCUUGACAGUGCCGAUAUAAUGCUACUCACCAAUUUUAUCGUAUCCACUGGACUGUCAUCAGCAGUUCUUGCAGCUGUAAUGUAUUACAAGAAACCAAAGGGCAAGGAAGAAUAAGUCAAGUUGCUAACUACAGAAACACUAAUGAAGCUUUAUUUGUUUUACAUAAUUAACUUAAUAGACACGUUUUAUGUAUUAUCGUUGACACUUAAUAAUUGUAAAAUAAUUAAUGACACAAUAAAAAGUUGACAGAGAUUAA